GAAAUUUAUUUGAAUAAUUUAAUUGAGUCCCUUAACAAAAAAAUUUCAUAGCAAAGAAUUGUGCAAUCAUUUCCUAGAACUAUCGGUUGAAAAAUAUGAAUAUGAAUUUUACGUUACUUUGAAUUGAGUUGAAUAUAUGACACCAUCUCUAACACAUGCUUGAUGUCUAAAAGUUUUGAUGUUAGAACAUAUUUAACGGAAUUCUCAUGUCAGAGGUGCAAUGGGAUCUUGAGGCAUCCGGAGUCUCCAGUGACUGGAUGCUUAAAGACCCGUCCGGUGAAUCUGAUUGAAGCGGGCCAUGUACACACGUAUCUUUCUUCCUGCCCCAAGGCCCCAACAACGAAAGUCUGCGACUCCAGAAAGUUCAUGAUUCGAUAACUUUCAAUCCGUAUCCCGGCUCGUUGGUCUCGAGUGAGUGACUAACUGACUGUCCUGCAAAAGACCACGUUCCUGAAGAUGAAUGCCAGGCCGGCGGGAUUCGGGACGAGGGAUCUGAGAGCAAGCGAAGGAAAUGAAAAUCGUAUUUGAUAACUUUUCCUAUAAGAGUCCAAUUGAUUUCGUGAAACGUGGGCAUUGCAUGCCCGCGACUUCGCGCGAAAAUACCUGGCGGCUAA